CAGGGAAUAUUUGGAUAAGAAAGAUCAAAAGGAAAUUAGAAAGAGCAGAAUACUUUAUUUUGAUCAUCCAGCAAAUUCCAGUUAGGAUUAAGAAGAAUUGAUGAUGAAGGAGCAGAGCGUUAAAGGUGAUUUAGUUACUGCUUAGCUUCUGUGGUGUGUGUGGGUGAGAGGAAGAAGAAGAAGCAAAUGGAGUUUCAACGCAGCGAUUCAUCAUCGUCCCCGCCCACACCCAACAACGCCGAUCCGAAGAAAAACACUUGUUCUGACCCAAUGCAUUCAUGGUGGGAAUCAGUCUCAAAAGCCCGUUCCCGAAUCCACGCCCUCGCCGCCAUCCUCCCCUCCUCCUCCUCCGACUCUCUCUCCUCUUUAGCGGACUCCGACCGCCCCGCUUUGUCGUUACUUUCCUCCCCCGCCGCCUACUCCGCCGUCUCCUCCUCCCUCUCCGGUUCCCACUUUGAUCCCCUCUGCCACUGGCUCUACGACACCUUCCUCUCCUCUGACCCCCACCUCCGCCUGGUAGUCCUCUCCUUCGUCCCCCUCCUCGCCGGCCUCUACCUCUCCCGCAUCCACUCCCCGGAGCCACCGUCCCUCGCGGGAUUCGAAGCCGUCCUCCUCGCCCUCUACGCCGCCGAGACCAAAUCCCGCAACGGCAAACCGCUUGUGGUCACAAUCCCCGACCUCUCCCACCCCUCCAUCUACCACGCGCCCCUCCGCAAACCCCAAACCCUAACCCUCACCACACCACCCUCGGUUGGACUCAUUUCUCCCCCUUUAGAACCCCAGCUCGGCGUCAAAUCCACCAAGCGCGCCUCCAUCGUCGGCGUCGCGCUCCACUCCUUCUUCUCCCAGAUCUCCCACAUGCCCGCCUGGUCCAAGCUUCACUUCUGCCAAUUCGCCGCCGCCUGGGCCGGCGGCGCCUCCCACUGCCCCUGCCGCAACGAGCUCGACCGCGAUGGCGAAAUCGUUGGCGAAAUCAACGAUUUCGCCAACACGUUCGAGAUUCGUGAUGAUAUGGAAGGGAAAGGGGAGAGGAUUCCCUUGCCGUGGGAGAUUCUGCAGCCUUCGCUCAGAAUCCUGGGGCACUGUCUAUUGGGACCGUUGAACUCUCAGGAUGUGAAGGACGCCGCUUCCUUCGCGGUGCGGUGCUUGUACGCCCGCGCUUCGCACGAUUUGGUGCCGCAGGCGAUACUCGCGACGAGGAGUCUCAUUCAGCUUGAUGUGAGGACUCGAGAGGCUGCCAAGACGAAUGCCGCCACUAACUCGAACGCCAACACCCCCACCAAGGCCAAGAAGCCGGAGAUUCUUCUGGUUUCCAAGUGAGGAGGAGGUUGCUGCUGUGUACUAUUACUGUAGGUCUUCAUACUGUAAACACAAUUUCUAUUUGUAUAAUAGAAACUUCAUAGAUGCCAUUUUUUUUUUAUAUAUUUCUUUUGCUUGUUCUAGGUUAUAGUAUACAUAUAUAUUUAUUUAUUUUUCCUACCCAGUGAUUAGGUAGCUGUAUUGAGUAUUGACUUUGUUUCUUCAUGGAAUUAUGCUGAGCUUCCUUUGUGUUUGUGUGUGUGCCAUUGUUUGAUUAUAGUUGUGUGAUUUCCGUGUGGUGUUCUUUUGGCUUUGAAUUAUUGUUGUACUCUCUGGAGAUUCAGGAAAUUGAAUUGGGUGUUCUAAAUGA